AUGUUUAAAGAUUCGGAUAAAGACAUUUGGAAUGCUAGAACUAUUGAACGACUUUCAGAGCUUACAACUAAAAGCACUCCGGUCAAACGAGCAUCCCCAAAUAUAGUCAGUAAAAAUAUAGGAAAAAAAUAUAAGGCUUCAUCGUUACCGGCUUCUCCAAAUAAAACUAACGUUUUACAAAGACGGGUAUUAGAGCAGCCAAAAAUAAACACGUUAAAUUCUGCUAGUAACAAUGGUGGUUCGCCUCGUAAAACAAACAAUUUCUCAAAAAAGAGUAACACCGUUAGUUCAACGACGCUAUUUGAUUUUUUUGGUCGUAAAAAGGAAUCGAACGGCAGCCCAAAUAUUAGAAAAGGUACUCUAAAAGAAAAAUUAGAAAAUGAAGCAAUAACAUCCAAAUAUUGGAAUUCAUCUGAUCCAGCAACCAUUCUUAAAUUGGAAAUUGCUGACUCUAAUAACAAAAGUGAUUCAAAUACUCCGUGUGAUAACGAUAAUGGAAAAAAUAUCCUUGAUGAUGAUGACAUCCAAUGUAAGGAUGAAACUCCUUGUAAAGAUGAAAGUACCCAGGACCUUGUAAGACCGAGUUCGAAGAAAGAAUGCCCGUGGUACAAGAGAUUACAGGUUGACGCGUUCAAGUAUGGAAGUAUCCCGAAUUGUACCGCUUACUUCCUGAGUCACUUCCACUCCGACCAUUAUAUUGGGUUAUCCUCAAAAUGGUCACAUGGACCUAUAUAUUGUUCAUCAGUAACUGGUAAUUUAGUUAUUCAACAAUUACGUGUUAAACCUCAAUAUGUUCAAAAAUUGCCUAUGAACGAAGAGGUUGCCAUUGAUAAGACUGAUACUACAGUCACAUUGAUUGAUGCAAACCAUUGCCCGGGAUCUGCAUUAUUUUUAUUCAAAACAAAAUUUGCUGAUGGUAAAAUUAAGCGAUACCUUCAUACUGGUGACGUUCGGGCAUGUCCACGUCAAGUGCUUCAUUCAGCAAUAGCACAACCUGAUAAUCCGCCAAUAGAUAUUUUAUAUCUUGACACUACUUAUUUGAAUGGGCGAUAUUGCUUUCCAGCUCAAGAACAAGUUGUCAAUGCUAUCAUAUUACUGAUCAAAGAAGCUAUCAAGAAUGGUGAAUUACUUCCUUUGAAACGCACAAAGACUAUAAAAGAGCAAGAGGAUAAAUCGCAGAUG